CUAAACCUGGACAAAGUUCCUGCAGGUCGUGUUGAUCAUGGACAGUGAAGAAAUCCCGACUUUCUCGAGUCCAAAGGAGGAAACUGCGUAUUGGAAAGAGCUUUCCUUGAAGUACAAACAAAGCUUCCAGGAAGCUCGGGAAGAGCUGGCUGAAUUUCAGGAAGGAAGCAGGGAAUUAGAAGCUGAGCUGGAGGCACAGCUAGUGCAGGCUGAGCAGAGGAACAGAGAUUUGCAAGCAGAUAACCAAAGACUGAAGUAUGAAGUGGAAACAUUAAAGGAGAAACUGGAGCACCAGUAUACACAAAGUUACAAGCAAGUGUCCUGUUUGGAGCAUGACCUCAGCCAGACACGGGCCAUUAAAGAUCAGCUGCAUAAGUAUGUGAGGGAGCUGGAGCAGGCCAACGAUGACUUGGAACGUGCCAAGAGGGCAACAAUAGUUUCGUUGGAAGACUUUGAACAAAGGCUGAACCAAGCUAUUGAGAGAAAUGCCUUUCUAGAAAGUGAACUGGAUGACAAGGAGUCAUUACUGGUUUCUGUACAGAGAUUAAAGGAUGAAGCGAGAGACCUGAGGCAGGAGCUGGCCGUACGGGAAAGGCAGCAAGAAGUCACGCGCAAGUCAGCACCCAGUUCCCCAACUCUGGACUGUGAGAAGAUGGAUUCGGCUGUGCAGGCGUCCCUCUCCCUGCCAGCCACGCCUGUUGGAAAAGGAUCAGAAAAUAGUUUUCCUUCCCCAAAAGCUAUACCAAAUGGAUUUGGUACCAGCCCCCUUACUCCUUCAGCUCGAAUAUCUGCACUCAACAUUGUGGGGGAUCUGCUACGGAAAGUGGGGGCCUUAGAAUCCAAAUUAGCUGCUUGCAGGAACUUUGCAAAGGACCAGGCAUCCCGAAAAUCCUACGUGUCGGGGAACGUUAACAGCAGCGUGAUGAACAGCAACGGCACAAAGUACCCUCACCCCGGGCACACUUCCUUCUUUGACAAAGGGCGUGAAAAGGUCACAUUCCCCACCUUGGUCAUGGGGCAGUGAACGGCUUUGAUCAAGGUCCCCCCGGCCUGGGAGCCUCUCGCCCCUCCUCAGCGCCUGGAAUGCUGCCCCUGAGCGUAUGAGCCCGCGGGAGGUCGUGUUCGGACUUGCGGAUGCUUUUCUCAGCCCACCCAGAGAAGAAGCGCUCCAGCUCGCUCCCCGCUGCCGCCCCGCUGGAACACGACCCGGCCUCCUUGUCAUGUUAAUGCAGUUCCUGUUCUCCCGCUGCAGCGGACGUGCUGUGGCUCGGCCCCAUGCCCUGC